AUGACGUUGUGUUUUUGUGCCCUUUAUUGUGCUCUUAUGGUUCUUAUCAAGUUCACAAGAAGGGCACAAUAACAUAUAUGAAAGAUUCUUUGUGUGCGACAUUUGGAAAAAGAAUGAUCUGGCUUCCAUAUAAUGAAGGAUUUCAUUGGAUUUUGAUAGUCAUUUGCUCCUCGGUUAAUAAAGGCUAUAUCUUCAAUUCAAUCUCAAGCUUGUCUAAUAUCAGGAUUCGGAAAGAUUUAGCAUUAACAUACAGAGUUGCUUCCGCAAGAAAUGGUGAUGGAAAGCCAAUCACAUGGCAUAAUGUUAAGUGUGCAAGACAAAACGGAAACACAGAGUGCGGAUAUUAUACCAUGUGAUACAUAUAGGAAGUGAUUUCGUAUGUUGAUAGCUUUGAUAUUGGAAAGAAUUGAUAUUCAAGAACUGAGCCAUAUUCUGAAGAUUAGUUUAAUAACAUUCUCAAUAUAUUGGCACGGUUUUUCUUGGAUGUACUCUUAAAUAUGACAAAGUUGUUUACAUUGAUUAUGUAUGUCGGAGUUUUUAUAUUAGCAAUUAAGAC